GGAUGGAUGGAUGGUAUUAAAAGCCACAAAAUGCAAGGGGUCCAUCAGACCCACGAACGCUGGCUGAGUAACAACAAUAUGAACAUUACACAAGGGUUUUAUGAUGUAUUUUCAAUCGAUGUAAUUGUGACAUUUGUUUGUCUCUUUUAAGAAAAUAAUGGUUUUUUUUCUCUUCAUGACGUGUUGAAAGCCCACGAGCUGCGCAUGCGCGUUGCUGCUCGGCAACUGGCUGAACUGUGGGAAGUUCGGCCAGGUUUUAGCCCAGCGAGCUAGCAGCAGGAACAGGACGGCCAGACCUUCACAGCCAAAAACUUGCCUUUUUUUUUUUUUUUUUUUUUUUGUGGCGUAAAAAAAGUUCCUAUCAGACGGAACCUCGCACCACGCAGGAAACUGCUAACCGCUCCCCAUGGAUUUAACACGUUUUUCGUCCCGUAACUCGCCCGAACCGGAGUGUUAGGCAACUUUGGAAGAAGUUGUGAUUGUUUUUGGCGCUCGAGGAGAGAUGGAGGCUCUGCUCGUGUAGCAGCAGGCUAAGGCUAAUGUUAGCUGGCGUCGUCCGGGCGUCAGUCGGAGGGAAUUUCCGACACGUUUGGACGCCGCUUUGACUGCUGCGUGUCUCCCAGUGUGCUGCUCUGACCAACAUCACUGUGAGGCGUGACGAAGGUAGCGUGCUGAUGACCGUCAUUGGACCUCUGGCCAUGGAGGAAGACCUUAGAUGUGCGAGGGUGCAGUGAGGAAUCAUGGGUAGCUGCUCAAGCUGUCCAGAGAAAGAGUUGAUCCCAGAUAAUCAUCAGAGUAAAUUCAAGGUGAUCAAUGUGGACGAUGAUGGGAAUGAGCUGGGCUCUGGCGUGAUGGAGCUGACCGACGCCGAGCUGGUCCUUCACACGCAUCGCCGCGACGACGUCAAAUGGCCUUACCUGUGCCUGCGUCGCUAUGGCUACGACUCCAACCUGUUCUCCUUUGAGAGUGGGCGCCGCUGUCAGACCGGCCAAGGCAUUUUUGCUUUUAAAUGUUCCCGGGCUGAAGAAAUUUUCAACAUGCUGCAAGAAGUGAUGCACAGUCACAGCAUCAGUGUUGUGGAGGAGGCAGUGCUGGAACCCAACCACCAGGGGGCACUCUCUCCUGCAGGUACACACAGUGAGAUGACCAAAGUGACUGUUUUUGGAAUUGUUUCUUCAAGUUUGUGUGUGUGUGUGUCAGCUUUGGGAUAUUCGGUUCCGACGGUCCCGAACGGCGUGUCCAACAGGAUCCCGUCGGUGGGCGACGUGCCGUCUCACCCCUCCAGCCGACACCCGUCUGUGGCCAGCACACGUCUUCCGUCAGUGGGAGAAGAGUCCACACACCCCCUGUUAGUGGCUGAUGACAAUGUGCACACGUACGUCAACACGACAGGUCUCCUGGAGGAGCAGCCUAGCCCGCUUACUGUCACCACGCCGCUGGAGAGCCCCACCUCCCCCCAGGCUUGCUGCCCACCCACUCCACCGCCUCCUCCCCGGGUUAGCGUCGACGUGCCGCCUCCCCAGGAACCCCAGGUGCUGCUGGAGCCUCAGUGUGCGCGCUUUGUGCUGGGCCCCACCCCCGUUCAGAGGCGACAGCAGGAGGCCGGUGAGACAGAGGUGACCAAUGGUCACGCCGCCCCUAACGAGCCGCCUGCCGCGCCAUCCGCUGCCCAUUCCAAUGGCUCCUCAACCAAUUCGGCUGCAGCUCCUCGCCGCCACCGCCCACCCCCGCUAACCCCCGACUUGCAGAAUGUCAACAACUCGGCGCAGCGCCGCACGGCCCUGCUGGACUAUGAAAAUCUUCCGGCACUUCCGCCUGUUUGGGAGGCCAGGAAGUCAAGCUGGGAGGAUGAGGAGAGCGGAAGCCUGAAGACGCCAUCACUCAAUGGCUUCAACCAUCCGCACCAUUGCUGCCCCCUUCCGCUUUCUGCGGCCUUGGAGCCCUCGCAUAACUACGUCAACACGGAGAAUGUGACGGCUCCGCUGAGCGCACAUCGACCUGACACGGCUCGUCGCCGCACUGAUGGACCCACAAUUUUCAACUUUGACUUCCGCCGGCCAACGGGUCACACCGAGCCGCCCAAGACACUCAAUUACAUCGAAGUGGAGAUGGACAACGGAGGUGGAAACAGAGGGGCCUCAGACGGCAGCAACCCCCACACACCACGCACCCCCACCUCACCGAUGCCCCCAACAACCCCCACACGGCGCACAGAGCUGUACGCCCUUAUCGACAUCGAGCGCACGGCCGCCAUGUCCAACCUCCAGAGGGCGCGGCCGCGAGACGACGGCACGUCACGUAAAACGCGGCACAACAGCACCGAGCUACCCACCAAAAGCGCUGCGUGACUCCGCCCCCUCAUGUGACUUCACGUGGCGCACUUGCCACCGACAGAUGUUUAUUGUUGUGGUCAGGUGACCCAACUAACGAGAGCAUUCCUCUUCUUCUAUGGUACAAAUCAGUAUUACUGAAAUAAGCAUUCCAUUGAGCGACUCGCGCUGCUGUAACUUCCUGGUACACAACUUCCUGUUUUGAUUCCACCACAAUAAAAGUAUCUUGUUUGUAUUUUAUGGACACUUCCAAUGUGCAGUUUUGUUUUUGCCUGUAACCAUGGCAACAAGAAAGUGACUUUUUUUUUUAAAGAAUUAUAACUUGAUGCACAGAAUGUAUUUAUUGCUCAGAAGUUUCCAAACAGUGGUGGCUUACCAUAUUUGCCCACUAGGUGGCAGCUAAUUAUCAAUGGCCGACCCAAGACAAAUUGGGGAGGUUUCAUUCAUUGACCCCUGCCACCCUCAAAAAAUCUGUACCAAUAAAUAUUACCUGUUUAUUUUAAUCAAUGUACAUACUGAUCAUUUUAUGCAUAUGUAUUUAACGCCCACUGGUGGGUAGGGUUUUCCCAACCCAUUCAGUUUGAGUCUGAACUCUGAAACUCUGUAUUAAGAUUGUGCCAAAAUGUUACUAAUAAACUCUUGGGAAAUUGUA